AUGCAACAGUCGCAGCUAGAUCCCCUGCCAAAUGACUUGCCCUUCAAGAUCAUCUCCAAGACCAUUGGCAGAGGCGCAUAUGCAUCCAUCAAAAAGGCCAUUCCUUUAGACGCCCCAAGCCCAGUCUUCGCCGUCAAGCUGGUGCACAAGGGCUACGCCAUCAAGCAUGGCCGGAUAACGGCAAAGCAGAUCGCCAUGGAGGUGUCGCUGCACUCGCACAUCGGCCAGCACCCCAACGUCAUCGAGUGGUUCGCUACGGGCGAGGACGCCGUCUGGCGCUGGAUUGCCAUGGAGUACGCCGAGGGCGGCGACCUGUUCGACAAGAUCGAGGCCGACGUGGGCGUCCCCGAGGACAUUGCCCACGUCUACUUCCUCCAGCUCAUCAGCGGCGUCAGCUUCAUGCACUCCAAGGGCGUGGCGCACCGCGACCUCAAGCCCGAGAACAUCCUGCUGUCCGAGACCGGCAGCCUGAAGCUUGCGGACUUUGGCAUGGCCACCAUGUUCGAGUACAAGGGCGCGAGGAAGCAGAGCUCGACCAUGUGCGGCAGUCCGCCGUACAUCGCUCCCGAGGUCCUGACGUGUGCGCGAGUGGACCGGCGAAAUCCACAAGCUGCGAAGUACUCACCUGAUCUAGUUGACAUCUGGUCCUGCGGCGUCAUCCUGUUCGUGCUGCUAGUAGGAAACACGCCAUGGGACGAGCCGACCGCGAGCAGCUGGGAGUUCGAGGAGUACAGACGCACCCACGGCCGGAGCUCAGACGCAUUGUGGGAGCGCAUCCCGCCCGAUGCCCUAUCACUGCUCAGGGGCAUGAUGAACGUCGAGUCGGGCAAGCGCUUCUCCUUCGCGCAGAUACGGCAGCACCCGUGGUUCACGCGCCGCAACGAGCUGCUCACCGACGACGGCAAGGUCUCCGAUCCCAUCCACCUUGCCACGCAGAUGCUGGCGAACCUGCGCAUCGACCUCACGCAGGAGCCGACGCCCUCGCAGCGCUACGCCGCCGACACCAUGGACAUCGACGGCGCCUCGCACGCCGCAGACGACUGGUCCGCCAAGUUCUCCGCGACGCAGCCCGAGACGCCCAUCACCGACGUGCUCUUCGACUGGGAGCGGCCGACGAUGCGGUCGCUCGGCGCGCAGUCCAUCUCCUCCACGCAGCCGGUAUCGCGCGCCGACGCCGCCGUCAUCCACACCCGACCCGGCGUCGUCAACGCCGCGGCCGCCGCGCCGCACACCGUCGACUACCUGGCCGACGAGCCGACGAUGAGCCAGUUCAGCCAGACCCCCGGCGUGCCGCUGUCGCUGACGCAGCACGCCCGGCGCUUCCGCGACAUCGUGCCCGCGUACUCGCUGACGCGCUUCUACUCGCACGUGCCGCCCCAGCUGCUGGUGCAGAUGCUCGGCGACGCCCUGCACCAGCUCAACGUGCCGCUGCCCGCCAACGCCGCCGCCAUGGCCAACCUGCACUCGGACAGCAUCGCCUGCCUCAAGGUCCGCGCCGUCGACGGCCGCCACCAGCACCUGCACGGCGAAAUCCUCGUCGAGAAGUACUACAUCCCCGAGGGCCAGGGCCAGGAGCUGCUCGAGGUGCGCUUCGUCAAGAUCAAGGGCGACCCGCUCGAGUGGCGGCGCUUCUUCAAGAAGAUUGCGCUGCUGUGCAAGGAUGGCAUCUACAACGCUGCCGCCUGA